AUGCCCAGACCUGCUUUCGAGUCGGUUGAACGCAGCACGAAUUCAUUGCCGCCUCCGCCUGGGGACAAUGAUGCUACAUCCGUUCCAUGGGUGUAUCGUGAGCUUGAUCCACAUGACGGCAAUUGCUAUAGGAGCGUAGCCGAGAGUGGUACUGCUGGUGCAGCUCAUGUUCCAUCGAGUUCUUCAUCGGAUCCGGUUCAAGUAGAACGAUGCACAACGGACAGUGGCUCACUGCCUAAUGUGACGGCGCUCGAUGACACUAUUGCAAACAGCCUCUCGUUGGAAUUCCGCAAACUGCUUUCCACGAAUCGCUUGAACCACCUCAGAUCCCUGAGACAGGCAAGGUCUGGUACAGUCAUCUCACAUGAUAAUGUUGCCCAGACGGCUGCGCAGGUUCCAGAGAGCGAUGGCAACGGUCCUCCACCUUAUUUUGGCUUACGCAAUAUCCCGCUUAUUCCAAUGCAGCCUCGCUUCGGAAGUUCUCUCAGAUUCGAGAAAUUGUUGGAAUCGAUGUCGAACAUACCCUUGCGAUGGGAGAACUCCGGGCUGCUAGAUGAUGCUCUACGAGUAAUACCUUUGGAAAGCAUUUAUCGAGCAGCUGAAGAUGAGUCACAGAUAUUACAGGCAGAGGCUGAAAGCUUAGAUUCGAAUAAGAAGGCGGCCUGGGGCUAUCAAGACUGUGUGGUUCGAGCACUGUGUCGAUGGUUCAAACGCUCAUUUUUUGCCUGGGUCAAUAAUCCUAUCUGUACCAUCUGUAAUAACCCUACAGUGGCAGUCGGUAUGAUCCAACCGACACCAGAAGAGUCGGCUCGAAGUGCAAAUCAAGUCGAGCUUUAUCGAUGUUCAACGGGGAGUUGUGGUAAUCAUGAACGAUUCCAGCGGUAUAGCGAUGCGUUUGUCCUGUUAGAAACACGCCGUGGGAGAGUGGGAGAGUGGGCUAAUUGUUUUGGUAUGCUUUGUCGGGCGGUUGGCAGCCGAGUGCGGUGGGUUUGGAACUCAGAGGAUCAUGUAUGGAUUGAGGUAUAUUCAGUGCACCGAAAGCGAUGGGUUCAUGUGGAUCCAUGCGAAGAGGCUUGGGACCGACCGCGUCUUUAUACUGAAGGUUGGGGAAACUGGCUCUCUUAUUGCAUAGCGUUCUCAGUCGACGGCGUAACAGAUGUGACUGCUCGCUAUGUCCGCGACUCAAAAUAUGUAGGCCCUCGAAAUCGCUGCUCUGAAGCAGAACUUCUAUACAUACUGGAGAAACUGCAAAACUUGCGGCGCCAGAAAAUGAGUAUAUCGGAUAAGUUUCGGUUGAAAGGAGAGGAUACGAGAGAGCUUAUGGAAUUCCAAAGCAGCAUGAUCGAGUCACACGUUACCCACCUCAACAAUUUCCGUUUCGAGCAGCUCAACGACGGCACUUUGGGUAUCUAUGAUGAGGUAGAAAGAUUCAAGGCCGGAAGAUCUCGAGAGGUUAGGGUUAGACAAUCUGGCGACAACAGUGAGUGA